AUGGCGAAUCGUCCUCCAAACCCUAGACUUGGCUCUAUCAAUCCUGUGUUCCAUCCUAGCAACACUGAGAUUCCUGUAACUCCGGCUGUCGAUUCUACUGGCCGCACUUCUUUCUUCCAGACUCAAGGAAUCCCAUCUCCUGAAGUGGCAUCACCCGAAGGUCAAAACGAUGAUUCCGGAGAAGAUGUACUCCGUCGUUUGAGUCUGAAAGGACAUCAACAAACUACUGACCAAGCUGAGGUUGAUCCAAAGACUGCCCAUCCAAGCUUGAACUUGAGUGGUCAAGUCAUCAGUGCUUUCUUCACAGUUCCCUACAAGAUCGGAUACGCUCAAGGCUCGGAGUGGGAUCUUGCUUCCCGCAGAGGCACAUCUGCAUUAUUCGACUCAUUCGCUCACCUCUCGUCGCCUGAGUCCCACUGGAACCACACACUUGUUGGCUGGACUGGUGAGAUUCAGCCAAAGACCCGCAACGGUGUCUUCAUGGACGAGAACAACGUUUCAUCUAUGAAUGUCGCACCUCUUAAUAAGGCAUCUGCACCCAUUCCUGUGGAUGCACAUGUUUCCGCACCCGAGCCUGGUUCGACUGAAGGCAUGCGAAUCACCAAAGAUGAUCGUCAGAAGCUGGAGAGAAUUCUUGAUCGUGACCCUCAAGGUAGAAUUUUACCUGUCUGGCUGGCCGACGAGAUGGACGGUGAUGUGGCUGUCAUGAAAGACCAGGCCAGAUGGCGUCGCUACGCUGAGCACGAGCUUUAUACUCUGUUCCAUUACAAGCAAAAUGAACCCACCGAUGGACGCGCCAUCCGCAAGGCCUGGGCCGACUACUUCCGCUUGAACAAGGCCUUUGCCGAUGCUAUUCUUGCCACUUACAAGCCUGGAGACAUUGUGCUUAUCCACGACUACCACCUACUUUUGCUCCCAGGACUGCUUCGCCAACGUCUGCCGAACAUUUACAUCGGUUUCUACCUUCACGUGCCGUUCCCCAGUAGUGAAUUCUACCGCUGUCUGAGCAGAAGAAAGGAUAUUCUCGAGGGCGUUCUCGGGGCCAAUAUGAUCGGUUUCCAAGCCUUCAGCUACUCACGCCACUUCUCUUCAUGCUGCACACGCGUUCUCGGAUUCGACUCGUCAGCAAACGGAGUUGAUGCCUACGGAGCCCACGUUGCUGUUGAAGUGCUACCCAUCGGUAUCAACGCCGCCAAGACUCAUGAGAUGGCAUUCAACGAUGCUGCCGUUGACGAAAAGAUUGCGGGCAUCAGGGAGUUGUAUGCUGGCAAGAAGAUCAUUGUCGGCCGUGACCGUCUCGAUUCCGUUCGUGGUGUCGCCCAGAAAUUGCAAGCUUACGAAAUCUUCUUGGAGCGUCAUCCCGAAUGGCACGACAAGGUCGUUUUGAUCCAGGUGACUAGCCCCACUAGUGUUGAAGACAAGGAAGAAGGCACGGAUAGGACCGCCAACAAGAUCUCCGACCUGGUUGCAAGAAUCAAUGGUACUUACGGAUCUCUGAGCUUCACCCCUGUUCAGCAUUAUCCUCAGUACUUGUCUAGAGAGGAAUACUUUGCGCUCCUCCGUAUCGCCGAUGUCGGAUUGAUUACCAGUGUUCGCGAUGGAAUGAAUACUACCGCCCUCGAGUAUGUCAUCUGCCAAAAGGACAACCAUGGUCCUCUGAUCAUCUCGGAGUUCUCAGGAACUGCUGGCAGCUUAGGCAAUGCGACACACAUCAAUCCCUGGGAUCUGGGAGGUACUGCCGACGAGAUUCACCACGCCUUGGUUAUGGACCCUAGACAGAAAUACGAGAUGCACAAGAAGUUGUACAGAAAUGUCACAACCAACACUGUGCAGGCAUGGACAAGCAACUACGUCAAGCGUUUGCUUACCAACCUCACUUCCUUCAACCAAGCGAUCGCUACGCCUGCUUUGGACAAGACCAAGCUCCUGACCCAGUAUCGCCAGUCGGAGAAGCGCUUGUUCAUGUUCGAUUACGAUGGAACGUUGACUCCUAUCGUCAAGGAUCCUCAAUCCGCCAUCCCAUCCGAUCGUGUGAUCCGCACCCUCAAGACAUUGGCAUCCGAUCCUCGCAAUGCUGUGUGGAUCAUCAGUGGUCGUGAUCAAGCUUUCUUGGACGAGUGGAUGGGUCACAUCUCAGAACUUGGACUGAGUGCUGAGCACGGCAGCUUCCUCCGCAAGCCCAAGAGUGAACACUGGGAAAACUUGACUGAGAAGGAAGACAUGUCUUGGCAACAGAAGGUCAUCGACACCUUCCAGCACUACACUGAGCGUACCCAAGGCAGUUUCAUUGAGCGCAAGAAGAUUGCGCUGACUUGGCACUAUCGUCGUGCAGACCCUGACUGGGGCGUGCACCAGGCUAAAGAGUGCCGCAAACUGUUGGACAACACGGUCGCUAAGGAGUAUGAUGUGGAGGUCAUGCCGGGUAAGGCUAACUUGGAGGUUCGCCCCAAGUUCGUCAACAAGGGUGAGAUCGCCAAGCGUCUGGUGGAAGAGUACGGCCAUGAGAAGGGUCAGGCACCUGAGUUCGUCUUGUGUCUGGGAGAUGACUUCACUGAUGAAGACAUGUUCAGAUCACUCAGCAACUCGAGACUGCCUAAGGAUCACGUCUUCUCGGUCACUGUAGGCGCAAGCUCAAAGCAGACGCUGGCUAAUUGGCACUUGCUCGAGCCUUCGGAUGUGAUCUCAGCAGUUGCUCUGCUCAACGGCUCGGUCGAUGCCCCCAAUGUUGGACCUGUAUCGGUCGUUGAGGGAAGCGUUCCCGAGACGCGUGGCGGAUAG